UCCGGUCCUGGUAGUGAGUGAAUAUACACACAUUCAUUUCGAUCCGUAAUUUUUCACGUAUAAUAGAAGAAUAACGCAUCAUCAAAUAGUGAAAAGUAUAAACAGUGGACAAUAAAGGAUUCGAUUAACGUGAGUAAAAACAUAGUCUACGAGAAUUGAAUCAGAAAGGUUAAUUACUCAUUAAUCGAUUAAAACAAUACAAAUUCAAUCGACAGUCCAGACUUAAAUUCAUCAAACCAACGAAAUAGCAAAAAACGAAUAGAGAUAAGAAAGCAACAAGAACUGGAUGAAUAAGUACAGGGUCGGCUUCAAAAACAAAAUCGAAUAAAUAUUGGAAUAAAUUAACAAAAUAUAUUUGUUUAGAACCAUUGACUUUGUCAGCCUGGAUAGGGGUCUAGUUCAGAAUUGAGUACGUGCUAUACAUAACUCUGUACAGGACACAAAGCCAUGGAGGAAAUACUUAAACAAAUAAAAAAUAUGGAAUCAAAAAUUGAUGACAAACUUAACGCAAUGCAUGAUGAUUUGAGAAAUAUCAAACUGGAAAAUUUGCAAAUAAAAAAAGAAAAUCGAGAUCUCAAACAGGAACAAAUGAGACACCAAGUUAGAAUAGAUGACAUUGAAAGGGAAAUCAGGAAAAAGAACCUCAUUAUCUAUGGAAUUAAAGAAGAAAGAGACAACCCUAAUGAAAACUUGAGAAAGAUAGUCAAAGACAUAGCAAGCAGAAUAGAAAUAGGAAUAAAUGAAAGAGAAGAUGUAGCUGAUAUCAGCAGAAUGGGUAAGAGUAUCGAUAAUAAGGAUCGACCAAUCAUGGUAGAACUUAAAAGCGGGUCACUUAGAAAUGAAAUGCUAAGGGAGGCUAAAAAACUUAAAGGUACAGGAGUAUUUCUAAGUGAGGAUUUCUCAAAACACAUACAAGAACAAAGAAAGAUACUUAAAGAAGAAAUGAAACAAGCAAGACAAAGAGGGCACAAAGCUAAUUUGAACUACAACAGACUAUACAUAAAUGGAGAUUCAUAUACUGUGGAAUCACUUACGUUGAACAAGCAAAUGAGAGCUGGUAAUGUAGCCAAAGAAAACAUACCACUUGAUAAAUCUAGAGGAAGAAAAUACAGCGAAAGAACCCCAGAACUUGAAUUAGCAGAAUCAAGGAAAGUGAGUAGAACUGAAGGAAGAUUCGAAACACCAUCAAAAAACUAACUCAUACAAUUAUUAGAACAUUAGAAACGGUAGCAAACCAAGAAAGGGAUGAAGAAGAUGGAAAAUUUGAGAAGAUUAAGGAAAAUCAACAAAAUUCAAGUACAACAGAAGAUAGAGUUAUAAAUAGUAAAAAACCAAGAAUGAGAAAAAACAAUAUAGCUAACCGUGAAGAAAACUUUUCAGAGAUAACUGAAGAUAACUCUCACGACGAAUUCACAAAAUUAAAUAUAUUAUUUUGGAAUUGUCAAGGUAUAAACACUAUAAACAAUUUAGAAAUGGAAGAAUGUGAGCACCUUUUAAAGUAUCCCAUUAUCG